AAACAGAUCGAGAUGAUGGACGGAAUUUCUCACAUGUUUACAGAGGCUGGAGAUAAAGGCUGUAGUCGUAAAAAGCUCCGCAUUGUUCACAUCUCUGACACACAUAUGGAACACGACAACAUUGUCCAGAGCAUCCCAGACGGUGACGUCAUCAUCCAUUCUGGUGACUUCGGCAAACGAAGGUUCAUGAAUUUCUUUUUUGAUGAUUAUCGCGAUUUAGAGAUGUUGCAGAAAGUUAAUGCAUUUUUCAAACAACUGCCUCACACGUAUAAAAUAUUUGUGGCAGGAAACCAUGAUACUUUUUUAACAAAAUUCUCAGCGGAAGAAAUUCAACGUACUCUACCCGAUUUGACGUACUUACAAGAUUCAUCUGUUAUUUUUGAUGACGUGAAGUUUUAUGGAAGUCCAUGGACAAUUGCUUCUAGCAAAAUCAAAACAUCCAAAGCCUUCACGACAGAUUCGGCUGCUCUACAAGACCGAUGGAAUGCUAUAGAGGAAGACACAGAUGUUUUGAUAACUCACACCCCUCCAUACGGGAUGCUAGAUUAUUCCCGUCUUCGAGGAGACAGGCCUGCAAAAGAUGUGUGUCAGUUCUGCGAUAAAGUUCACCCUAAAGUGGGUCAUGCUGGAUGCUAUAAUCUUAGAAAAACUCUUUUGCGAAACAUCAGACCAAAGAUUCAUCUAUUUGGUCAUUUACAUGGUUCAGCAGGGCUAAUAGAAUAUGAUGGCAUCACGUUUUCCAAUGCUGCCUUUGCCACCAAACGCCGGUUUAAUGUCAUAGACCUAUACAAAGAUAUUACAAGUUGAUUGUAGACUACACAUGUGUACCCAUUUCUCAACCAGUAAAUUGAGAAAUUGCUUUUGCUUUGAUAAUAUAAUUGAUUUUUUUUUCUAGAAAAUUGGAUACCGUAAAGCUAGGAAAGACAACUUGCUAAAGUCCGUUGUCGAUGUUGUUCGGGGAAAUUAAACCCUACUCGAGAGAUAUUUACUUAAAAAAAAAAAACUUGCUGUAUACAUAUAAUUUGUACGUCAAAAUCAUUUUUAAUUUGUUUAUGUUGAUAUUUGUAUUGAAUGUGCCAAGAUCUUCAAUAUA